GUAAAAUACUUCAAAAGCAUUUUAAUUAUAAAAAGUUUCGGUUGUAACUGCGUACAACUUUGUGUCGUUUCUAAGAUAUGUCAGUGUAAUUUUCAAAGAGAGUACUAGAAAUGUGAGUACAGUACUCCUAAAUAAAGACCUUCCCCAAAUUUCAGUAUAGUAAACGAAAGUAGAAACCGCCAAAACUAUCAUUAUCCCCAAAACCUCAUCAUUCAACUUCCAUUCAAUUAUUCUAUUCUUCCCAAUUCACUCCAUUUUUGUAGCAGCAGCACAGUCUCUCUUCUUCAUCAUGGAAUCCAAUCAUAACAGUACUGUCAAACAAACACUACAAUCUGCUAUGGAGAAUGAUCAACAUCUCUCCCUCUCCGAUUCAGGUUCUGUCGACUCUGAUACUGACAACCCGAUUGUUUUCUCUUCUCCAGCUCGUUUUCAUAGCGCUUCCGACUCAGAUGAAUCCACUGAGUACCCAACACAUAAAGAAAGCAAUCCUAUUUCUACUACUGCUCACUCUUUAUCUCCGCCCAAGUCAGAUGAUUCUGCCAAAUCUGAAGCACAUAAAGCUAGAAAUACUAAUGCUACUAGUAAUAAUAGAGAUUCCACAUGUCCACAGAGGUCAUCAAUUUCCUCCGAUUCAGAUGAUUUUACCCAGUCCAGAACAGAUAAAGCUAGAAAUGCUAGUACCAAGGUGGAAUCUCCGGCGAGGUCAUCAAUAUCCUCCGAUUUAGAUGAUUCAAAAAAGUUCAAAGCAAAUAAAGCUAGAAAUACUAAUAGCAUUCCUGCUACUAUUAACGGAGAUUCUACGAAGGUGGAAUCUCCGGCGAGGUCGUCAAUUUCCUCGGAUCAUAUUUCUCUUCCUCGUAAUUCCUUGGAGAAUAAUAAGCCUUCUGCAGCUCCGACGGGGAGUCCGCCGGAAAAGCCUCCUCCGGUACCGGAAACGGUGGUGAAGAGGUCUAUCAAGGAGGAGCCACUGGCGUUGGUGAAAGCGGAUCUGUUUGUUGGAGAUGGUGCAGAUAGUGUUAAGGAAGGUGGUGAUGGCGGCAGCAACCGUAGGAGGAGAGGAAGGCCAGAGUUGUCUAUAUUAAGAAAAGCGAAGAGAGAUGAGGCGGUAAAGAAAGCAGCUUUAGGUUUUAGGAUUUUUGGGGUUUUGUUUUGCUUGGUUUCGUUUUCUGUUAUGGCAGCUGAUAGGACUAAGGGUUGGGCUCUGGAUUCUUUCCAACGUUACAAGGAGUUCAGGUACUGUAUAUCAGUGAACGUCAUUGGAUUUGUGUAUUCGGGAGCUCAGGCAUUCGAUUUAGCCUACCAAUUUGCCACCGGCAAGAACAUCUUGCAGCACCAUUUGCGCUACAUGUUUGAUUUUGCCCUUGAUCAGGUGGUAACAUAUCUUCUGAUAUCAGCAUCAUCUUCUGCUGCCACUCGCAUUGACGAUUGGCAAUCAAAUUGGGGCAAGGACAAGUUUCCUGAUAUGGCAAGUGCCUCUGUAGCAAUGUCCUUCCUUGCAUUUGCAUCUUUGGCCUUCAGCUCCCUCAUAUCUGGCUAUGUACUUUGCAACUCCAGAUCAACAUAGUCGGUUGUAUGCAAUGUUUGGAUCUACUGUUUGCCAUCCUUCAAAAUUUAAUUUAAUUGUAUGAUAUGUAAAAAUAGUUGAGGUUGUUCAGGUGAAAGAUACUGGGUUUUUUUGGUUUUCAACAAAAAGAUAAUUGUGUCGUAAUGCUCCUUGAACAAGCUUUAGGAUGAUGUUAUAUAUGCGAUACACAGUUUACUGCUGUUAGUGAGAGAUCAGAACCAGACCAGAUGUGGACAAGUUACUGGCUAUUGAAUUGAUUAUUUUUGGUCUGUC